AUGGAAUCUGAAAUUCUGAUCGUGGGAGCCGGUAUCUUUGGCGUCAGCACUGCAUACCACUUAGCAAAGCGGUUGCCUGCGCCAUCGUCCAUUACACUGCUGGAUCGGGCCCCUCCACCUUCGGGAAACGCUGCGUCGACCGAUAUUAACAAGAUCAUCCGGGCCGAUUACUCCAGCCCGUUGUACAUGAACCUUGCGUUUGAGGCCAUACAGGCCUGGCUUCAUGAUCCAUUGUUCGCAAAUGCCGGUGUCUACCACCAGACGGGGUGGAUCGCAAUGGGGGAACGCGGCCGAGAUGUAGUUAAGCGGAUUCGCAACAACUUUCAGUCCAGCGGUCGUCCUGACCCUACGAAGGACAUGACAGAAGAAGAGGUGCGUCAGGGGUGGAGAGGGGUGCUGAAAGAGGCUGAUUUCAGCCCGUUUGAGUCGUACUAUCUCAAUCCUCAGGCUGGCUGGGCAGAUGCCGGUCGCGCUCUAGAGAUCAUGGCCAACGAGGCUAUCCGAUUAGGAGUACAGUACAAAGUCGGUGAGGCCCGUCGUUUAAUCCUCGGAGACGGAGCCAUCAGAGGAAUUGAGACUCGGGCGGGCGAGUUGCACGUUGCUAAGAAGGUGGUUCUAGCUACGGGGGCUUGGACCAGCCACUUGAUGAGUUCGCUCGAAGACGAUCUAGACCUGCCCGUUGAAGCGCGCAUCGAGAGCCAAUUGACUGCAGCUGGGGUCUGUGUUGCGCAUUUCCAACUGUCCGAUGAGGAACUCGCGAUUUAUAACCAGCUUCCUGUCUAUGUGUACGGCGAUGAAGAAUACCAUCCAAACGAACAGUGGCCACUCUUAUUCGGUUCCCCCGAAGAAGACCAAAAGAAGAUACCGGAAGGGUUAAGCAGGGGAUUUAUCGACUCCAUCCGCGGUCGCUUGCCACAGCUCUUCCGCAACAACCGCCAAGUCGACUAUUAUCGGUUAUGCUGGGAUGCGAUCACUCCCCAGCAACAUCCGUUGAUUACUGCACACCCUCAUCCCCAGCUGGCUAACCUCUACCUUGCGGUCGGGGGCUCAUUCCAUUGCUGGAAAUUCCUGCCUACGAUUGGGCGUUAUGUGGUUAAUGUACUGGACGGACACACCAAUGGACCUGAUUGUGAUGCAGCGUGGAGCUGGAAGGAAGCCGGGAGGGGUAGAGGGGUCCACGAUGCGCUCAUCCCACAGAAGGAGCUUCGCGAUUACUACCAGAUUUGA